AUGCAUUCAUUCAUUCAUUUCUUCAUUCGUUCAUUCAUUCAUUCAUUCAUUCGUUCACUCAUUCAGGACACAGCAGUAACGAACGAUCACAUUUGGAUCAGCACAAACGCAUCUGGAGAUACAUGCUAUCUAGCUGACAUUGAAUGUUCUGUAUGUUUGUGUUUGUGUAAAUCUGGAUUUCGCAAGAAGUGUGCGAGUUGUAAGAUUGUUGUUCAUGUUGGAUGCAUACCUAAGUUAGAUCAGAUGAUUUUUAAAUGUAAACCAACAUUUUGUGAAGGAAGUCACAGAAAUUAUAGAGAGAACCCGACGACAAUGCGUCACCAUUGGGUGCAUAGGAGAAGGCAGGAUGGGAAAUGUUCCAAAUGCGGAAAGUCCUUCCCGCAGAGGUUUUCCUUUCAGAACAAGGAAAUAGUUGCGAUUGGUUGUUCCUGGUGCAAGAUGGCCUACCACAACAAGAUCACGUGCUUCACCAUGAGCUGUUUAGAGGAGUGUUGUUCGUUGGGAGAACAUUCUAGAAUCAUCAUCCCGCCAUUUUGGAUUAUCAAACUUCCAAAAAAGCGAUCGACUCACCUACGUGUAUCAUCGUCAUCAUCAUCGUUACUCUCACCACUUCUGACGUCGUCGUCGUCGUCCUCAUUAUCGGCGUCACCGUCUUAUAAAUCGUUCAUCGUGAAGCCACUUCCGUCGCCACACAACCUUCCACUGCUGGUCUUCAUAAACCCGAAGAGCGGGGGAAACCAGGGCUGCAAGCUCGUCAACAAAUUCUUCUGGUACCUCAACCCCAGACAAGUCUUCGACCUCACUAAAACCAAGCCCCAGACCGCAUUAGAACUCUAUCAGAAGGUUCCUAAUCUCAGGAUUCUGACAUGCGGGGGUGACGGAACGGUGGGGUGGGUCCUGUCGGCCAUCGACCACCUCCAACUUCAACCCCACCCCCCUGUCGCCAUCUUGCCUUUGGGGACCGGAAAUGACAUGGCCAGGACUUUAAACUGGGGAGGGGGCUACACAGACGAACCAGUGAGUAAAAUUUUAUCAUCCGUUGAAGAAGCUGUUUCCGUUCUUGUGGACAGGUGCAAUAUUGGUGGUGGCGGUAGUAGUGGUGGGUGUGGAAAUAGUGGUAGUAGUGGCGGUGGUAGCGUCACGAAGCUUCCACUCAACGUAAUGAACAAUUAUUUCAGUAUUGGGGCCGAUGCUAAUGUUACGCUCGAAUUUCACGAGUCCAGAGAAGCCAAGCCGGAGAAGUUCAACAGCAGGUUCAAAAACAAAAUGUUCUACGCCGGGGUCGGGGGCAUAGAUAUUUUGAAGAGGAGUUGGAAGGAUUUAACGGAGUACAUAUGCCUAGAAUGUGACGGACAAAACAUGGAUUCAAUUGUGAAGCAUUCGAAAUUUCACUGCUUACUAUUCCUCAACAUCCCAAAGUACGCCGCAGGAACCAACCCGUGGGGCAACUCAUCUUCAAGUAACUUUCGCCAGCAGAAACCAGACGAUGGAUACCUGGAGGUUGUCGGAUUCACCGCUGCUUCAUUGGCCAGUCUGCAGAUGGGUGCCCACAGUGGAGUCAGGGUGACUCAGUGUCAGAAGGCCUGCGUUAAAACUUUCAAGUCCAUGCCUGUCCAGGUGGAUGGAGAGCCCUGUCGUCUUUCUCCUUCCACCAUCACGAUCGAACGGAGAAACCAGGCUUGCAUGCUCCAGAAACUGAAGAAUAGAGGCUCAACAUCGUCUGUGCAAUCUGGGUGA